GUCCCCAGUAGCCGAGCUGUAGCGAGCGCCGGGGCUGGGCGCGCAGGACAGAAAAGGAGGCGGCGGCCGCGGCUGCGAGCAACAGAUCAGGGCUCCGCGAGCAGACCCACUCUGCUCUUGGGCGAUUUUUUUUUGUUUCAUUUCAGAAACAUCGGUUAAAUUAGAAAAUCUUGCAUUUUGAAAUGGCGCUGGCCCCGGGUCAGCGGGCGAUUUUCUCUGCUUCAAGAUGGGCUUUGCCUUUUCUGUCGUGGGCACCAGUGGUGGCCUGAUUGUCAGUCUUCUCCGGGCAUUUUUAAGGCCAGGAGCUGAGCGCUGCCUGUAGGCGCCCUACAGAGCGGUUUGGCUUUUUAAAAUUUUUAGUAUUAUUUUGGGCAGUGAACAGUCUAUCUCGGGCAUUUCGUCCUCUUUGCAGAAGAGGCUGCGAGUCGGAGGUGGGUCACUCAGAGGGUGAAAUUCCUCCCGGGGUGAGCGAUCCCCGGCCCCGCACACAGUCCAGGCGGCUCCGAGUGUGUGUCCUGCCCCUGCCCGCGCCGGGAAAAUGGAGGCUGUGAUUGAGAAGGAAUGCAGCGCGCUCGGAGGCCUCUUCCAGACCAUCAUUAGCGACAUGAAGGGGAGCUAUCCGGUUUGGGAAGAUUUCAUUAACAAAGCUGGAAAGCUGCAGUCCCAGCUUCGGACAACGGUAGUAGCAGCAGCUGCCUUCUUGGACGCCUUUCAGAAAGUGGCUGACAUGGCCACCAACACACGUGGUGGUACCAGGGAGAUCGGAUCUGCCCUGACCAGGAUGUGCAUGAGGCAUCGGAGCAUAGAAGCCAAGCUGAGGCAGUUCUCCAGUGCUUUAAUCGAUUGUCUGAUAAACCCACUUCAAGAGCAGAUGGAAGAAUGGAAGAAAGUGGCCAACCAGCUGGAUAAAGACCACGCGAAAGAAUAUAAAAAAGCUCGCCAAGAGAUAAAAAAGAAGUCCUCAGAUACACUGAAACUGCAGAAGAAAGCCAAAAAAGUGGACGCUCUCGGGCGAGGUGACAUCCAGCCCCAGCUGGACAGCGCGCUCCAAGACGUCAAUGACAAGUAUCUCCUAUUGGAAGAAACAGAGAAGCAGGCUGUCCGGAAGGCUUUGAUCGAAGAACGCGGCCGGUUCUGCACCUUCAUUUCUAUGCUGCGGCCCGUGAUUGAAGAAGAAAUCUCAAUGCUGGGGGAAAUCACUCACCUGCAGACCAUAUCAGAAGAUCUGAAAAGCCUGACCAUGGACCCUCACAAACUGCCCUCCUCAAGUGAACAGGUGAUUUUGGACUUGAAAGGUUCUGAUUACAGUUGGUCAUACCAGACCCCACCCUCUUCUCCGAGCACCACCAUGUCCCGCAAGUCAAGCGUCUGCAGCAGCCUGAAUAGCGUCAACAGCAGCGACUCGCGGUCCAGCGGCUCCCACGGCUCCCACUCGCACUCGCCCAGCUCCCACUACCGCUACCGCGGCUCCAGCCUGGCCCAGCAGGCGCCCGUGCGGCUGUCCAGCGUGUCCUCCCACGACUCAGGCUUCAUCUCCCAGGACGCCUUCCAGUCCAAGUCGCCGUCCCCCAUGCCGCCUGAGGCCCCCAACCAGUUGUCUAACGGGUUUUCUCACUAUAGUUUAUCAACUGAAUCCCAUGUGGGGCCCGUAGGGGCGAGCCUUUUCCCUCAUUGCCUGCCCGCCUCCCGCCUGCUCCCUCGGGUCACCUCUGUCCAUCUUCCAGACUACGCUCAUUAUUACACCAUUGGGCCCGGCAUGUUCCCGUCAUCUCAGAUCCCUAGCUGGAAGGACUGGGCCAAGCCAGGACCUUACGAUCAGCCUCUGGUGAACACCCUUCAGCGCCGCAAAGAGAAGCGAGAGCCAGACCCCAGCGGAGGAGGCCCCACUGCGGCAGGAGGUGCCCCCGCCGCUACCGAGGAGGCCCAGAGGCCAAGGAGCAUGACCGUGUCGGCCGCCACCAGGCCUGGAGAGGAGAUGGAGGCCUGUGAGGAGCUGGCCCUGGCCCUGUCUCGGGGCCUCCAGCUGGACACCCAGAGGAGCAGCCGGGACUCGCUCCAGUGCUCCAGUGGCUACAGCACCCAGACCACCACCCCCUGCUGCUCCGAGGACACCAUCCCCUCCCAAGUUUCAGAUUACGAUUAUUUCUCUGUAAGUGGUGACCAGGAGGCUGAUCAGCAGGAGUUUGACAAAUCCUCCACCAUCCCAAGAAACAGCGACAUCAGCCAGUCCUAUCGAAGGAUGUUCCAAGCCAAGCGCCCGGCCUCAACCGCGGGCCUUCCCACCACCCUCGGACCUGCUAUGGUCACCCCAGGGGUUGCCACCAUCCGACGGACCCCUUCCACCAAGCCUUCUGUCCGCCGGGGGACCAUAGGAGCUGGUCCCAUCCCCAUCAAGACACCCGUGAUCCCUGUCAAGACCCCCACUGUUCCAGACCUCCCUGGGGUGCUCCCAGCCCCUCCAGAUGGGCCCGAGGAGCGGGGUGAGCACAGCCCAGAGUCGCCGUCUGUGGGUGAGGGCCCCCAGGGUGGCACCAGCGUGCCCGCCUCAAUGUGGAGCGGCCAAGCCUCCAUCAACCCCCCUCUUCCAGGCCCGAAGCCAAGCAUCCCCGAGGAGCACAGACAGGCAAUUCCAGAAAGCGAGGCCGAAGACCAGGAUCCCCCAAGUGCCACUGCCUCCCCAGGCCAGGUUCCAGAGAGCGACCCUGCAGAUCUGAGCCCGAGGGACGUCCCUCAAGGAGAAGACAUGCUGAAUGCCAUCCGAAGGGGCGUGAAGCUGAAGAAGACCACGACAAAUGACCGCUCAGCCCCGCGCUUCUCUUAGGCUCUCAAGAAAUGCUGCCAGUGGGGAAUGAACUCUCUAAUUAAUAAGACCUAAUUUGUCUUGAUCCAUUCCAAUCUAUAAUCAAAAGAUUUUGUAGGCAACUCAGAACACAGCUCUUUUGAAAGUACACCUUUAGAUAAGAAUUAAAAGUAACAUAUGUAACUGACAUAACCUUGAUCUUUUAAUUUGUAAAUAUCAACAGUUUUCUUUCUGCACAUUUUAAUCUUAAGUUCCUCUUUUGAUUUUUCUGAAGGUGCCAAAUUCCAUUUAACUUUUUUACAAGUCUUUGUAAAAUUUUAAAUGCAUAAGGGCGGGGGGAGGUCGGGCAGGGGAACCACAAAGUUAGUGAGUUCAGAAGAAAGGAUAACUAUACUUAGCUUUUUUUCUUUUCUUUGUUUUCCUGCAAGCUUUUGUAGAUGCAUUGUAGUAGUCUGGCUUAGGAGCAAAUUCAAGUUAUUUUAAUGUACAAACAAAAUGGAUAAGGAGUAAAAAUCCUUAUCCAAGCAAACUACUUUCGGGAUGAGAAAUGCGGGAGUCAGUUGAUGAGCAAUAUUUGGAGUGAAGUAACUCUGGAAAUGGUAGACUGUGUUGGGAUUGGGGGGAGGGUCGGGGGAGGGGCACACUGUCAACAUAGCCGAUCCUGUUACAUUUAAGGGUAGCCUCGUAGGUUGAAAUUUCUAGUAGCUUCAUGGUAAAUGCAUCCGAAUAAGCCAUACUGGAUUGCAGUGUUUGUUUCUGUAGGGUGUUUAAGGACUUCCUUUCUCCCACGAUUCCUCCUGACUGCACACAGCACCCACCUCCAGUCCUGUGCAUGCGGCCACCGGGUAGACAUAGAACCCCCACUUCAGUUACUCGUCUGUUAUACCCACUUUCAUUGAGUCCAAAUGCAUCCAAAAUGGUAAGGCAGUUUUAAAAAUGUGAAAACAUUUAAAAAUGAUAGCAGGGAAUUCUUAGAUAUAGCAAAUGCCUUUUACUUAACUGUGCCCAGCAGGCUGGGUGCGUUGAAAAGCCCAAAUAUUUUGAAAAAACUCGAGCGGAUUUAACAAGGGUAACCAGCUUGGAGUCGAGCAACUUGCCAAUGUGUUUACCAGUCUGGGGGCUUGUUUUUCUUAUCUUCUUUUAAAUAAGUGGCAGUUAACUGGCUUCAUACUAAACAUCGGAGAGGAGGAUUUCUUUCUUGUCACCUGGAAUCUGACCACUAUACUGUCCUCUUUUGUAUCCUAGGUAAUGUUUUUUGGAAUGGAUUUCUGUCUUUUAUUUUUUAAGUGAAAGUUAAAUUUGUUAUAAUGCCCAUCCCCUAAAGCCAACAGAGAUUUGUAGAUUUAAAGGAUCACAUCUGGGGACUGCAAUGGUGUUUUAAAAAAAAAGAAAGCCAGCCUCUUAAUGGGGUCAGUUCAAAGUGCUCAUUUGGGACCGAAUCUCUCAAGGAGAAAGAGCCUGGCGGGUCUCCCGGGGCCUGCAGAUCUCUGUUGGUGGCAAGCUUCGGCUACAUACUCUUAUGCUUUAAUACAUAACUGCAUUGGAUGUGAAAGAAAUGUACCUGUAUAGUCACUGUUCUAUAUAUUAACAUUUAACACUGCUGUGAUCGCUCAAGGACAUUUUAUGUUAUGGCUUUAAAGCAAAGGCAUGAUUAUUAGAAACUAUUUAAGCUUUUUUUCUUUGAAAAACAAGCUCCUUUUACAGAAUAUAAGCAACAGUAGUGCCUGUGGUUUAGCCCACCAAUCUUGAUGACUAAAAGUAGCUGAUGCAUUGUGCAUAUGAUGCUUGAGAUGGUUUUUGCAAAAGCAGAAAUCACUGCAAGGUAAUUACGUUAGAUAAAAGUGGUAUUUUAAACCUUUGAAAUAAAUGGAUGUAACUGUACCCUGGUACAGCUUUUCACUUGUUUAGUUUUUAAACGUUAGUAUAAUCUGAAUAAAUUUAAUAUAAAAUGUUGCCAAAUUCAAUGUAGAAAGAAUGUGACAAAACACCUUUGGUAGUUCUGUUUGUGUUUUUGCAUAUUGUAAAAGCAGUGUCACAGCUGAAAAUAAAGAGAUCGUUUCUAAAGGUAAAUUAUUGUGGUUUAGUUGCUAGUUUGUACUGAGAGUUGACCUCUCCCUGUGCAGUUUUUUGUUCUAAACUUGUAUAAAUAACAAUUGUGUAACGUGUCUCCCUUCUACCUUGUAACAGUUGCUUCAGCCUACAUUAUAAAUAAAGAACCACUAGAAAAAAAA